AUGGUGUGUUCCGAUUACACUCGGGGCACCAGCUCAACGUCGACGGGGGUAACCACAACUGCGACAGCCGCUUCGUCGGUCACUUUACUUCUGCAAGUUCCAGAACCCGUUUAUGAUGUGAGUUCCGGAGCCCGCAACUCCGUGGAAAGGCCUUCGUACCUUACGGGGGGUGAAAGGGAGGAGAAACAGAGACAACCUGCCGGCGAGGAGGGCGACCGUCCCGCCCGCGGGGAAGAAAGUACGGCAGUGUGCCGGUCGCAGGGAAUCGACCCCUCUCCUGGCAGUCUCUUCUUUGCUCCCUCCAUUGUGACUCAAUUUCGAAGUCUUCGAGUGGGAAGACUGGUGUCUGGAUCGGAUGAUCGGACCUCUCAUGAAGGCAGUCCUGACUCGGGCGGGCGGGAGGCAACGGACAGCCAGAAGACCAGCGAGCGCGCGGAGGGAGAUUCUAGAGACCGAGACGAGCAGGUGAACGCACACAGGGAAGGAGAAAGAGAACGUUCCGCGGGCAACAGCGAAGAACAAGUGACUGACAGGGUGGACCACGAUCGCAUCUCUGACGAGGUGGGAGGCGAGCUGUACUACGAACGCGUGUCUUUGCGUGAAUUCGAAUACGACGCGUCCAGUAGAACUUUCUUCUAUCCCUGCCCGUGUGGGGAUCUUUUCGAAGUUCCUUUGGAAACAAUUCGAGCAAAGGCGAGGGAAACAGCCGACUGUCCGACUGGAGACUUUCGCUCUUCUUCCCAGGGAGACGGGGAACGGGCGCUGGAGUCAGACACUGGGUCUGGAGACAAAGCGCCAGUCGAACCGAGUAGCCUCGGGGAUCAAGAAGUUGAAGUCGAGGCUUCCUGUCCCUCUUGUUCCUUGAAAGUCCAAGCCUUUUUCACUCUCAAGCGAGGAGCUGGAGAAGACGGACCGGUACGUGCCGCUAAACAGCAAAAAGUGGGGGGAGCGUACGAAGGCACAUCGCAACAGGACCACGGACUGCUGCUUUUUCGCCAUGUUGGGGAACCGCCCGUUCUACUGGCUGCUGCUACGGAGACAGUGGGGAAUCCCGAAGACUCCCGGACGCCGAGUGCCGAGCGCCGCGUAGGUCCACAAGGCGGAGCAAAAGAAGAGGCGUCGGCAGGACGACCUUCCAAUGAGGACACGUGUCUCGGCGAUGUGCAAGCUGCUCUUCAGCGCCUUCGGAAAUACCGAGUGGUUCCUCCAGCAGGAGGAGCGGCGGAUCACGACGCGGAUACACAGGGCGAGGGCCCUCACGAGCCGUCAGUUUCUGCGUCGCGCGAGGCGGGGCAAAAGUCCCGAGGCCGAGCCGGAGCAGUCCAACGCUUGAAACUGGCAGAUGCCUGGCCAGUCCAGAAGAUGCUGCGCAUGCAGCAGGCGAGAGCAGGUUGUGCGACCCUUCUGGAGAAGGAAAGAGGGGAGACGUUAAGCGCACAGGCAGAGCUUAUACGGCAACUGAUUGCGGGCGGGGCGUCAGCGAACCUCGCUGAUAGCGUAGGCGCAGAUGCGAUGGGUCUGAUUGAACUGGAAGACGUCGACGAGGAGACAGGAGAAGUUCUACGAGGCUGUCGCUGGGGCCACUGCCGGUCCGUUGACGUGUUUCUCGGGGAGUUCGGAGACAUCGAUGACCCCGAUUCAGACGACCCGGAUGGAGCCGAGCUGGACUACCCUGAGGAUAGCGACGACGACAGAGAGAGGCGCUUCGCAGCCCGUGUUCGCCACUUGAUCGAUUCUGAUGAUGACGAACGCGCCUACUCUGUCUCAAGCGACCUUAGUGGCUUCAGCGAGGAGUGA